UCCAAAGUCCCGCGACUACUUAUUCCUGCCCUUCCGACGAUUACGCAAUGCUCGCCUAGCUGCUGCUUCCUCUUCCAUCUUGCCGCUUUGCUUUGGGUCUCCGGGACCCCGUCAUCCUACCUCUGCGACGCGACGGACAACCCGCCUGUGGUGAUACUCGAGAAAGAGCUGGUGUCACUGCCCACCAAGACAGCCGAGGCUGUCCAUUGCAACCCACUUCCGAGACCAACGCCUGCAUACUGCCAUACUCCCGACGGUCCUUCUUCCAAGCAUGGUUGUGACAAUCUUUGACGACCGCUGUGCCGAGCUUCGCGCUCCUGGCUUUCUCAACUUGACGAUUUCCAUUAUUAUCCUCAUCGGUCUCAUCGUCUCUUACCUGCCGCAGCACUACCGAAUUAUCGCCAGAGGAACCUCGGAAGGCAUCUCGCCAUGGUUUGUCUUGCUAGGCGUCACCUCCGCCACUGCCGGCUUCGCCAACAUUCUGACCGUUCCGCCUUCGAGACGCGACAUUGCCUGCUGUAGCGAAUUGGGCACAUUUGAGUGUGCUGCUGGUCUACUUGGAAUCGCCCAGCUGGGCAUGCAAUGGAUCUCAUUUGCGCUGAUCCUUGUCCUAUUCCUCAUCUUCUUCCGGUACGACAACGCGACUGUUCCCGAUGAGGAGCUGGUCGACAAGCCACCCUCGUGGCACACUGCCAUAAUGGUCGGCUCCGUGAGCUUGAUCCACGGCCUGCUUGUCAUCAUCCUGACUGUGGUCUUCACUACCGCGCUCAGAGACCACCUCGACUUGUGGGCAAAUUUCCUCGGCGUCAUGGCCGCCGCUCUUGCCGCGGUUCAGUACAUUCCACAGAUCUGGACAACCUACCACAUCAAGCACGUCGGCAGCUUGAGCAUCCCCAUGAUGUGUAUCCAGACCCCCGGCGGCUUCCUCUUCGCCGGAAGCCUAUUUGCCCGCCUCGGCUGGGAAGGAUGGAGCACGUGGGGCGUUUUCGUCCUCACGGCCUCGAUACAAGGCGUUCUUCUCGCCAUGGCCAUCUACUACGAAUUCCAGGAGCACCACGGAGAGCCGCAGUCUCCAACCCUCGUCGACGAGCCAAGACGUCCCAACCCGACCAGAACAUACUCGGAAGGUUGGGAGCAAGGUCUUCCUGGCCCUUACACCGCCCAUCCCGAACGGUACGCCGACACGGAGGAGGAGUUGGAGCGGUUACAAGACAGAGAGGAACGGCAGGUGGAGCGAGAGACGAGACCUCUGCUGCGUCCAGGCGGCAUUGGUGACCCGCACAAGAACUACAAUGCCACGGACGAUUGACUGCCCCCAAUUAGACCGCUCUUCAUUUUGU